UUACAACAACACUAGUUUCGGUCGUUCUUGCAGCCAGCCCAGUUCGAGGAUAGCAGCACAUGAUGGCGCCGAACGAAGUUAUCGAUCUCACUGGUUCAAGCCCUCCUCCAGAAUACAUCGAGCUCAACUCGGACGACGAUGCCGAAUACGCACCUUCAGCACGGGUUUUGGACUAUGUCGCCUCCCAACCAGAUAACGGCACCCGCAGAUCUAAGAGGAGGAAGAAACGGGUGCCCAAAGCGAAAAUGAUGGAAACGCUCGAGGAAGGUGAGGUGGCCGACCCGCUGCUCGAGCAGCCUCGAGAGAAGAACGCGCUUGCUGUUGGUGGCGAGGAAGAAUCCAACUUCAAUGGCACCCCGGUUGCCCCGAAGGGGAAGAACAAGCCUGGUUCGCAGAGCAAGAGAUCGCUCCUCGAUCGUCUGAGCAGUCCGAAGCGGGACGUAGAGGAGGAGGAGGCAGGACGGCGGGAGAAGGGCAGUAAGCGGAGGAGGAGGAAUGGUAGGUCUCCCGAUCGGCGACGCGAAGCCAAUCGGAAUGACCAGCGUCGGUCGCGUUCUCCGGAGUUUAGACGCAAGGACAUGGACUUAUCCCGCUCACCGGCCAAGGACGAAGCGGCGACUCUUUUCUUUGUCGAUCUGGAGAAGAUCAAGGUUACUCUUACUUCCAAGCCUAUUCAGCCUGCACCCGAGCCUGUGAAUCCGAACGUCGGGCCGACACUGAAUGAACAGCCUCCGUUGUUGCUCCCAGCUCACGUUUCUGUGUUCGGGGAAGGAGGCGUUGAUCCCGUUGAGAUACUACCUCCGUCAACUCCUGACUCCGAAGACGAAGGCUUCAUUCAAUACUUGGACUAUGAUGAUAACAGAAGAGCUCCGGGCAUGGUACGCUAUUUCGAGACGGUGGAGGAGAUCGAAAAGUCCGCCAAACCGAGGAAGAUUGUCUGCAAGAAGUGUGGAGCAGAGGGCGAGCAUGAAACGUCCGAGUGCCGUGUGAUGAUUUGCUUGACCUGUGGGGCUCGAGAUGAACAUCCCACGCGCAACUGUCCAAUCAGUAAGAUCUGUCACAAUUGCAAUAUGAGAGGACAUAUCAGCAUGACGUGCCCCAACCGUCACAGUUCUCGCCGUGGCACGGACAACUAUGAUAUUUGCGGUAGAUGUGGGUCUGGGACGCACAGCACCAAAGAAUGCCCCACGCUCUGGCGAUUGUAUGAGUACGUCGACAACGUGGAACGCCAACUUAUCAUGAAAAACCGUGAAGAGAAGCGGGCCCUCGCACUGGGACAAGGCGGCGAAGGCUACAUCGCAACAGACGAGUGGUGUUACAACUGUGGCGGAUCCGGUCACUUGGGUGACGAUUGCCAAGCCGUUCCCCACGUAGGAGAUAUGCCACGCGAACCGUCCGCGUUCGGUUCAUACAAUACGUCGUCAGGACCUUUCGCUGACCUCACUGAACGGCCUCUCUCGCGUCCAAAUGCAUCGCGCCCACCACGCGAUUGGGAAGCCGCGGGCUCUUUUGCGGACGGCUUUGGAUUUAUCGCGCCAAUGGACGUUGGGAAGAAAGGCCGAUUGAAGGAACGCGAAAAAUUGAGGAAACGCGCGCGCGAGCUUGAAGAAGCGGAGGAUGACGAAGAUGAUUGGUUCAGCAGAGGCCCGUCUCGGCAAAGAAAUCGUGAUGAAGGCGGUCGGCGGUCCUCGAACCGGCGUGGGGAAGACAGAAGGGAGUUCUCGAGGAGAGACGAUGGACGGCGGUAUGUUGACGGCCGCCAACGGAGGGCCUAUGAGGGCGACUCUGUGCCGUCACGGGAGACAGAUGUGAUUCACAUACGGGGUGCGUCUCGGUACGAUGAGCGGAGGUCAGACAGGUAUGACCGACCGCGAGAUCGCGACCGAAGGGACGAACGAGGACCACGGUACAAAGGUAGUUAUUCGAGGUGAUCUCCAUACAAUGUUUGUCUAUGGGUACUUUUGUGGCCACAAUAUGCUGCAUUGCCUUAUCAUGCGUACGGGAAUAUCGACAGUAACAGCAUCUAAUACAUUCUUGAAAACACUACG